AUGGAGUCAAUUCCUGUUAGCUCCGAUCACGUCGAUACCUGUGAGGCCGACCAAGCCGCAGUUUGCAUUGACCUCACGGAAGACGAUGGGAUUGCCCCGUUGCCAGCAUUCCUUUGGCAGGAUAAGUCCCUUCGACGAGUCCCCGAAGGGUGGGAAUUUCCAGCGUACCCCAUGGACGAGACAAGAUGUCGUUCAUGUGGUUCUGUGGCGACGUGGACAGCGAUUUCCUCCCAGCUUCGAUUGGAGGCGACCCAGAAACGCAUGUUUCAACUUAUGGAGGUCUUGCCGUUGGUUAUGGAAGGAGUCACGACGGCGGACGACCUCACGGUGCUCGCCAGGAAGGAUGUGGCUACGUUUGAAGCGCUUUACACUCGAGUAUGCAGUGCUGUCGAUGGCGCAGCCUUCAAAUCGCCCCCAUCCCCGACCUGUACGGCUGCUCCUUCAGUACGGACGUCAAGUAUUACGACAACAGGAGGUACGUUCGACACAUCUGCCACCCAACCAACAAUGGACGACGCCGUCGAGGUUGCCCCACCACCUACCCAACCUUUUGAGCCACAACCACGUCGACUCAGCCCGUUCCUCCAUCCCAAUAGUCCAUCAGAAAUUGCCGUGUUGAUGGACUCGUCUGGGGACAUUGCAUCAGACAAGGGCUUAGGUGCUGUUGGUGAGGCUGUUCCCGCCUUGGAGUCGACAGUGCCAGACUUCCCCUCUAGCUUGACCACAUCGUCCCAAUUGUUGGUGAACCGCCGCAUAUCCAACCACCCCAUGUCCCUGAAACACUUCGAUCUAGCCCGUGCCUAG